AAAAUUUAUCAUACAAUGGUGAUCUACGAUGCCUAUUCCUCAUGCAUACACUUUUCACUAUGACAGUGCAAUUGCAUGUGCAAGAUGUGUUGGUAGCACCGCUUCAAAUUGCUCUAGUCGUAUGAUCCCUGUCACAGAAAUAUGCCUGUAUUCGCUAUAGGCUAAAUCUAUCAAAGUCAUCUAACUCAAUAUUGAGGAAAGGUCAUUGCAAUCACCCAUGGAAUGGGUAUCGUAGUUUAAUUAAAAUGUAGACAGUGUUGUCCAUUCGGAACACAGAAGACUCCUGUCCAUCAGGCAUGCAAGAUGCAAGCAGGUAUGCAAGUAUGCAAGCAGGUCUGUAAUAAGUGCACACGCCAGCACAAUGACAGUGAUCAUCAGCUACCUUAUGCUAACCUGUGCUACAUUCACAACCGUCACAUCGCAAGUACAGCCUGAUCUUAAUCCUCUCAUGACAGUAAUCCCUCACGAGCCGUUUGGGAGAUUUCACCAGCAAGCCAACACGCUUCGAGACCAUGGUUAUGUCGUCAAAGAGUUCGUCAACAGUUCUCCGGUGGCACUGCUCGGUGACAUCGCCUUCGGCCCUCAGCAGCUCAGACCUCAGGAGCCGGGGGGCCGGGCGACCUCUUUUCACCCCCACAAGCACUGGAUCGACUCCGAAGGCAACCAGCACGCACGAUACUUCUUUGACACCACAUCCACGCCCGACAAGAAUAUGUUCAUGAGCGCCACGCAGACGUGGAUCAACCAGACCUGCAUCCGGUUCGAGAAGCUUCCCGACGGCCCCUGCGCACAGAACAUGUCAGAGCCGGCCAUAUGUGUGGGCAGCUUCGACGGCUGCUGGUCGUACAUCGGGAUGAUUCGGCCCCACGGCGGCGAGCCCCAGCACAUGUCCAUCGAGGAUGGCUGCUACACACCGGCAUCGGCGCACGAGUUCGGCCACGCGCUGGGCUCGCACCACCACCACUCGAGGCCCGACCGGGACCAGUUCAUCACGGUCAACGACGAGUUCUACGCCCUGGAACCCACCAAAGAGGACAUCCAGCAGCUCCGCGGGAAGUGGGCACAGAGCACGCUCUGCAAAAAGGAGCAAGUGGUGGACAUGCCGAUUCCCUAUGACUUCCGUUCACUAAUGCACUACUCCUCGACGGCAUUCGGCGACGAUGACUUCCGGCCAAUACUCGUCACCAAAGACGUAAGAAAUCAGUACAUGCUGAACUAUCAUUUCUAUGCAGACCAGCUUCAGUCGCAUUAUGACCUCUAUGUCGUGAAUCUUGUCUACGGCUGCGACAAAGUCUGGGAGGACGCAUGUGCCAAAAACGGCAAGCAUACACCUAAAUGCAAGAAUUUUGGAUAUGUAGGCAAGAAGUGUGAAUGCAUUUGUCCGGUUGGGUACGAAGGAACCACCUGUGAGAAAAAGACUGGGCCAUUGUUCCCUCUCAUGCCCAAAGCCAAAGUGUUGGUGGAGGUGAAAGAGGCCCAAAUAGUAGACCUCACCAAAGAGACUAUGUCCCCAAAGAACUUGGACGGACCGAGUGGACGAUUUGAGUUUUAUCAGUUUCUCACAGUGGUCGUCGAUGGACCCGACAAUAACACCCAGGCCGUCAUAACCGUCAUUCAGACAGUGGGCGAAUGUAAGGAGCUGAUGGAAAAUUACCGAACAAACAUUAACAAUGACCUGGUGGAACAAGAUUGUGAGCUAAUCUACAUGUGGGGGCUGUCCUCCGGCGGCCGUCUGCGCACCGAGUGCUCCUCCACAAUGGCCAACAACGAGCCGCACGGUCCUUGGCUUCGCAGCAAGACAAACCAUUUAGACAUUUCAGCGCAGAGCAGCUACGGAUAUCGAUACAACAGCCCCGAAAUGUCCAUGCACCUCAUCAAAUUAAAGCUGGCCGUAGAGUUCGUCCCGAUGCCGCGCAAAGCUCUCAAAGUGGAGAAGAAAAAACACGAUUCUAAUUCCGGGCCAGAAACGUCGGCUGCUAGGAUGGUCUCUGCAGGAGCUAGCGGAAAUUCAGUCGUGGGUCUCAUCAUACUAGUCGGUCUAAUUUUACUGUUUGCCGCUCUAGGGAUUUAUGUAAGGGAGCGUUUGAAGAAGAAGAAAAACGCCGAGCUGGAAGAUGGUAAAUCCAGCGUUUCAAGCUCUCAGGAAGGUGACUUGUCAGGUGAUGAACGGAAGUCAGGUGAUGAAGAUGGUGACGGUCAAGAUGGCGAGGCGAAAGAAGACACGAAGAAAGAUGAUACGAAGGAAGAGGAAAAGGCAGAAGACAGUGAGAAUAUGAAAACUGGCGAAGAGGAAGACUCCAGUAAAAAGGAAGAGCAAGGCACUGGGUGGGGACUUCCUUCUCUCUGGUGAGUUUUUCGCAUAAUCGCUGUUUGUAGGUAUACAAUGUAAAAACAGAGGCGAUAUACGAUAAGUAACUACGUAUGGCAGUCAUAUGGUAAUACAUUUGGUAAAAUAGGUGCUCUUGUAGUAAAAACUACAUGCAUAAAUACAAUCGACGACUUGGAAAUACAAGUGAUUGUGGAACUGCAAUCACUAAGACGUUCAUUUAGUGAA